AUGGCACCCUCAAUAACAGAACAUCCUCCAAUUUCAAAACUCACUCCAAGUUCAACGCCAAAACCACAAGAUGAAUUCCACAAACUCGUCUCUGAACUCUCCCAUAUCCUCGGUCCCUCCUCUGGCCUCACAUCCCAAGACAUAAACAUCGAGGACCUGCACACCCUGAUGAGCAACUACACAUCCUCCGAAACAGACUGGUCACCUUAUACCUUUGCCGAUCACAGCAGAGGCUACACACGCAAUCUCGUCGACCGCGGAAACGGAAAAUCCAAUCUUCUACUACUAGUAUGGACGCCCGGCAAAGGCUCACCGAUCCAUGACCACGCCGAUGCCCACUGUCUCAUGAAAGUCCUCAAAGGGAAAUUACUAGAGACGCGUUAUGAGUUCCCGCAAAAGGCUGGAGAGCCGAUGAGCGUGAUCAAGGAGACGCCGUUUGAGGUUGAUCAGGUUACUUAUAUGGCUGAUGAGUUGGGGUUGCAUAAGAUUUGGAAUCCGGAUGGGGAGGAGGUGGCUGUUAGUUUGCAUUUAUACACACCUCCAAACGCAGCAAAAUUCGGCUGUCGAAUCUAUGACGAAAAGACUGGGAAAAGUAGUCAUAUUACACAGUCUAAUUUCUACUCUGAAUAUGGUCAGAAGGCUGCUCAGUAG